AUGGCUGGUGUCGCUAAAGAGGCCGUGGUGCCCAUCGAGGCCGUGCUCUUCGGAAUAUCAACGCUCCUCGUGCUCGCUCGAUUAGCCCUUCGAACAAUUCGACAACAUCAGAGUCUCACCGUGAGCGAUUGGUUUCUCGUCGCUUCUCUCCUCGAUGCCGCUGCGUUAUUUGGGACCGACACUGCUGCCUAUAAUUUGGGAGGAAUGGACGAGUAUGAUCCGAGUGCACCGCCGCGAAGUAUUGAGGAUCAGAUCACGUUGAUGAAGGUGUCGUUUGCGGGAAACUACUUCUACGAUACGGGUGUAUAUUUUCCGAAGCUGGCGCUGUUGGCGCUUUACUUUAAGCUUAUUCCACAAACACUACCGCUGCUACGCAAGUUUUUUAGGCGAUAUAAGGCUGGUCUCGUUGCGAUCUUUGCAUCUGGACUCAUCACAUUAGGAGCAAGCAUCGGAAGAUUUGCAACUGUCGAGGCAAUCCACGCCUGGACCAAUGUUUACGUCCUCUCAAUGACAGAGAUCGCCGCCGCAAUAGUCGUCGUAUCUCUCCCCGCCCUCAAAUCCCUCCUCCACGGCCUCGGCCUGCGCUCCUCCAAGCAAAACACCACGCAGACAGGCUCAGGCUACAACAAACACUCAGGUACAGUGACGACAUCGAGUCACUUCAACAAGCUGUCCAGCGGCCGUGACCACCACAGAGAGCUGUACGCCUCCACGGCACGCGUGGCGGCGGGCGCCGAAGAAGACUCGGGCAGUGAAGUGGAGCUGACCAACCUUCAAGGUAUCUACAAGUCGGCCCGCAUAAGUGUGACCUACCAGCGAAGAGAAGACGGUGACUGGCAGGGUAAUUCGGGACGGGGGUGA